UGUUAAUUAUAUGCCAGUUACGAUAAUUAUAAAUUUAAAUUUGAUCGAUUUACAAGAAUUAAGAGUUAAUCCAAAAUAUUCUUCGAGGUUGUUUAUACUAACGCAGUUUUUGUUAUGGCUUAAACUGGUUGCCCUUACAUUUUUUAUAUGCAUAUUUUUAAGAUUUCCGCCAAAAAUUCCCACCAUUAUUUUUUCAUUUUUGUUAUAAAUACAAAGAGAAGAAAACAAUUAAUUAAUUGAUUAUAUCCAAAGCUAUAAUCUAAUACUAAACAUGAAGGUUGUGCUAGUUUUUGUCUUCGUCUGUUUUUUGGGACUUAGUCAUUCGUUCCCACAGGAAAAGUACACCAACAAAUACGACAACAUUAAUUUAAGCAGCAUCCUCAGCAACGACAGACUAGUUAAUCAGUAUAUCAAUUGUGUUUUGGGAAAAGGAAAAUGCACAGCCGAAGGAACAGAACUUAAAAAAUACCUUCCCGACGCAAUUAGGACAAACUGUGAAAAGUGCUCAACAUUGCAACAGUCAGCAGCUAAAAGGGUCCUCCUACACCUUGCCCACAACAAAAGACCGCAAUUCGACGAGCUCAUCAAAAAAUACGAUCCCGAGGGAGUCUACAGAUCAAAAUACAGGGCACAAUACGAAAGUGAAGGCAUUGUUUUUUAAAUUAAUUCAAUUAGCAU